AUCAUAACUGUAUUUACGCUCUAGCACAAACUUUAUCAACAAAUGCAUUAAGGAUUUAGCUAACGUGUUAUGAUGUCUGAAAUACGAUUUAAGCAUAAUCCUGGUUACUAAUUUGGCAGAAAAUCCAUUGAAUAUUUCCCUGUUAACUGACGCGAGCCAUACAUUUCAGGUUUUCAUAAUUCUAGAACUAUAUUUAGUUAUGUCUUCGAACUCAAAUGCAAGACGUGGUGUCCCAAAAAAACUGAAGAUUUCAGAAAAGGUAGGCAAAUCCAAAAAGCCUUCAACUUCCUGCCCAUCUUCCCCAGACUCAGGCAGAUCUUCACCAGGCUCAUCCUGUUCCAUAUGUCUUGGACGGCAUGAAAACAAGUCCUACACUAAUAACUGCCUUCAUGAGUUUUGCUUUACUUGCCUGCUAGAAUGGUCCAAGGUGAAACCAGAAUGUCCGCUGUGUAAACAGGCAUUCACUUCUAUCAUUCAUAAUGUGAGAGCAAAUCAUGAAUAUGAUGAGCAUAAAAUACCAUUGGUAGAACCUGAAGAACCUGAUGUUUUUGAUCAAUUGCUUCAUCACCGAUUCCGUUACAGGACAACAGUCACUUCAGAAAGGAGGAGAAUGUUAGCACUGGAAAGACUUCACACAAUGAGGCAAUUUGCACAAGAAGGUGUGCUACCACAUCCUACUGAGCGUCGUCCCAUGAGAAGUCGGUUAACUGGGACAAGCACCUUUCGCCGUCGAGUAUAUCAAAGAGAUCUGUGGGUUCGUCCACUGUCGGAUAUUACCGGCCGCUACCGUGAAACGACGCCCGAAUUCUUUCAAAUGAAUCCCGCCAUGACUCAUCGACUUGUGCCCUGGCUAAACCGAGAAUUGAACGUUUUGUUGGUCAACCACGAGAAUCGACUAUCAUACGUUUUACAACUUAUUCUGAGACUUAUUACCCAACUUCAUAUUCGAAGUAGAGCUUUUCGUGAAGCUAUCCAAUCUUACAUCGGCGCAUAUACCGAACAUUUCAUUCACGAGUUCUUCCAAUUCGCCCGCUCGCCAUACGAUAUGUACGGGUUUGAUGAAAACGCCGAUUACGAGCCUAGAAACAACCUGCAACAUGAGGAGGUGGCCGUCAGUGAAUCCAGUGAGGAAGACGUACCUGUUACUCGAUCAUUCAGUAAUGAACAACAUCGUGUGGCCCCUCUUGAUAUUCCGUUACCCCCGUCUCCUCAACCCGGACCAAGUGGAAUCGGUCGCGGUUCUUCAUCAGCUGCGAUGAUAGACGAUGGGCAAAGUUAUUCGGCAAUUCCAGGACAUUCAAAUGUAGCACGGAGACCAUCGGAUGAAGAUGAAGAGGACGAGGGCGACAUUGAGAUAGUAGAAGUUGUCCGCCCUUCUUCCCCUGUGGUGAUUACCUUAUCAGAAUCCGAAGAAGACCGCGAAGAAGAUGCGGAGCGAAACGAAGCUAGCUCUACGUCAUCACGCGGUAAGGCCCUCAAACAAAGCAGCCGGCCGCGCAGAGAUCAGCAGCAACGCACAAAAUCCAAAAAGAAGAAAAGGAGGCGCGAACGCUCUUCUUCUCGGUCUCCUGAACAACUGCAAUCAACCAGCAGAGGCCGUUUUAGGAGAGAAACGGAAGAAAACAAUAAUGACAACGAGGAGCUCCCAACUUCACAAAUUUCAGGCGGCGUUGUCCGUUAUUGGGAUAUGGACCCAGAAGAAAUCCGCCAUCGGUUGCGUAAUGCCGGAGAGUUUAAUUCGGAACCUUCAGCGAGUGGAAGCAGACGUCGCCACAAGCGAGGCAGAAACGAUUAAAGGAAAGACGUAACUCAAUUAAUCACAUUUGAUGUACCGUUACGCGUGUGUACUACGUAAGUGCGAGUACCCACCUUGAACGGAUGUAGAUACAGCAAAAUUAAACAUGUGGCGAUUU